AUGCCGUCAUUCUUCGGCUUGGAAAUUCCUCCGAACAACAAACCGAUCAAGUUCCGCCCGGACGUGGCCACGACCGUGGUCGUCUGCCAAGCCGCGUUAGGGCAACCAGUAGUAUCAUCUUUGUCUUCUCCCACACCAUCGGCGGCGGCGUCCAUUUUCGUCCAAACUUCAUCCGUGACCGGUGACGAUGAAAACGACGAGAAGAAGACUAAAAAGAAACUCCUGUGCAUUGGAACCUUGCGCGAUGUGUCGUGCGAACAGUUUUCCUUCGGGACUGGGCUGACGUUCGCCAGCGGGGAGACGGUAACCGUGACGCAAAACGGGAAAGGGAGAGCGGUGUAUUUAAGCGGGAGGAUCGAGGAGGACGACGAGUUCGACGACGACGAGGAUGAUUCUGAUGACGACGAUUUCAGCGACGACGAGGAAGACGACGACGAGUCGUCGGAUGACGAUGAACUCGAUGAGUCAGACGACGAUGAUUUUGAGGAAGACGAGGAUGAAAGCGAGAGCGAUGGAGAGGAUUUCAUGAAGCGAGCGGCAAAGUUGGCGAAAGCGGCGGCGGAAGCGAGAGAAGAGGACGACGAAGACGAUAUGCCGGCGGUGAAGCUCGAUCGAGCGAAGAAGAACAAGAACGAGAAAGAAGAGAGCGAUGACGACGACGAGGACGAGUUCGCAGAGCUCGAGGAUGGAGACGAGGAUGAUGGACCGAGUUCUUCGAGCGAAGAAGAUGAGUCCGACGACGAUGAUGACGAGAGCGAAGAGGAAGAAGAAGAAAAAUCGUCGUCUUCUUCGGACGAUGAAUCAUCGGAAGAUUCGGAUUCGGAGCCUUCCUCUUCAGAUGAAGGAGGGAAGAAGCGAAAGAGAGGUGGCGUAGACGAAAAAGCGGCGAAACAUUUCGAUAAGAAGAGUAGCGGUGGCAGAGGUGGCGGUAGAGGCGGAGGCAGAGGCAGAGGGGGCAGAGGCGGAGGCAGAGGCGGCGCCUUUAACAAACGCCGAUGA